GGUGGGGGACGCAAGCGGAAGGCUGCUGCUGUGACGCCUGGUGUGGGCGCUGGCGGUGGAGGCGGGGUGGCCGACCCACGGUUCCGUGGCGCCCGAGCGGAUGACGGGGUGUCGCUGUCGGUGCUGGACCUGGAGGCGCCCUCGGACGGGGUGUUCAGGGCGCUGGUGCUGCCCCCCGCCGCCCCCGUGCCGCUGGGGGUGGCCCUGGCGCGCAACAACCGCUGGACCGCAACCCUGGAUGUGGCGGGCGAGCUCUACCAGGCGUUCUUCGACACGCGGGAGGACGCGGUGGAGGCCAUCACCGCGGCGGGGGCGGCACCCUAGGGCGGGGAAAGUACAUAAGAAGUGGUAGGGCGGGGCGGCGGCGCAGGGGGGAGGCAGUGCGUUGUUCCCGGCUGUGCGCCCACCUGACCCCGGCAGUGGGCUAAGAAGAGGAGUUUGGAAAGGGCAUGACAGCAUGGGCCGUGUCGGCGGCGCCCCAGCUGCCCCGGUCUGGUAGGGCGGCCGCUGCGACCAGCUGCACCUGGGCUGGGCGGCAGCGAGGCAGCCAUGAAGGAGUAGAGGGGACGGAGAGGCAACCCAGGGAGGCUGUCUUGCUCGUGCUAAAUGGCGCGGUGAGAGGUUGUGUGGUCAUUCGGGAGCCGCUAGGGCGGUGUUGUCUACGGCUGCGGUUUGUUCUCGCAAACGCAUGAAACCCGUCAGCUUCGCAGACACCGGGGCUCGCCCCCAUUUCAAAAUUCUCGAUCUCGCUGUCAUGUAUUGCACGGGAUGUAUUGGAGCUGACUUCGUUGGAGCGGAGCGUAGUGGAGGGAGGUAUUACAGUUGGGAUGCGUAUUACAUGUCAGUGGUAUGCGUAGACGCGCCAGUGCGGUCCUUGGGCGUGCCUGUGUGACCCUGCUUCCCCGUGGUUCGACGCGAGGUCUGGCGGUGCGUAGAGCUAGUGGAAACGGGAACAAGGGUCGUCAAGAGCAAAACCCUAGCUGCACCGCCAGCCUCCUCUAUCCCAAAUAAUGCAUUCAGGCGCUCCACAGGACAUAUUAUCUAGGACAGUCCGCCAUGCUUGACAAUCUAUGUAUGCC